UAUUAUCCGCAUGGUGGGGAAAGAUUCUUCAUUGCGCGACAACUUGGACACGUACAGUGCAGGCUCAUCUUCUGUCUCUUCCACGUUCUCAAAGUCUGAGCAAGAAAAGGCUUUUGACCAUGGCACAAGGAUGUAUAACAGCAACCAAGUACUUCCUUUUUUUGUUCAACCUCAUCUUUUUUAUUUUAGGAGGCUUGAUGUUGGCUUUUGGUUUGUGGAUCCUUCUGGAUAACCAGAGUUUCAUUGUUGUUCUUCAAGAGUCUUCCUCCGCUAUGAAAGUGGGCUCCUACAUCUUGAUCAGUGUUGGCUCUCUGUCCAUGCUGUUGGGAUUUCUUGGCUGCAUCGGAGCUGUGUUUGAGAUAAAGUUUCUGCUGGGCCUGUACUUCACCUUCCUGCUAUUGAUCAUGAUCGCCCAAGUGACGGCCAUAGUGCUCAUUUUCUGUCAGAGAGAAUUGUUGAGUGGAGAAUUAACGGUGAUCAUCAACAGAGUAAUUACGAAUUAUAAUGGGAAAAACAGCACUGAUGCUGCCUGGGACUACAUACAAAAACAAGCUUCUUGCUGUGGCUGGUAUGGACCUGGAAACUGGACUGAAAACUUGACCAUUAAGAAUAACACCUUCCUGUACCCGUGCUCUUGUGCAAACAUCACAGGUGCCCCAUCUUCGGGUUUCUGCAAUGCCAGUUCUUCUGUCUGGCCAGUCUACCAAACGGGUUGUAAGUCAAGUCUGGAUGAUUGGUUUUUCAACAACAUUGGAGUUAUAAUUGGAAUCUGCAUUGCCGUGGCAGUGGUGGAGUUGAUGGGAAUGGCUCUGUCUAUGUGUCUCUGCAAAAGUAUCCAGCCAGAAGACUACAGUAAAGUUUCGAAAAGCGGUCACUGAAAAAAUGAAAAAGUCGGCCCUCUGCCAAACCGAGAAAAGGUCCCCAUGUCAAAAUGUGGAACAGACAUAUCUCAUCUAGCUCGUGGAUGAGGAAUAAAGACAACAAAAUGCGGCCAGUGUCUCGUAUUGGCCAAGUCUUGCCCCGUUUUUUUUUUUUUGUUGUUGUUGUUUUCUUCGUGUUUGUCUUACGUUGCUUUCCUUUUCAAGUCUUCUCAAUAACCUAACAAGUGUUGUGACCAAACAAUCCUUUUCUAUCAGCUAAAAUUAUCCAGCAAUUGUUGCAUACAUGUUGGACCUUCAGAAUAUUUUCUUUUCAAGUUGUUUGUUUACUGCACUUUAUACUCUGGGCUGAGCCUUUGAUUCGGCCGUUUUUGCUGAGUUGUUUUUAUUUGAUGAUCCAUCAGAUGUUACAGAGUCGAAAUAAGCAAAUCGUGACUUAUUUUGAAAACGUUUCUUUCCUUCGUUUCGUUGGCGUUUUCCCUCUGGUUCUUCACCAGUAUGUAUUACGUCAUAGGCUUGUUUUAGCAAUGUGUUUCUGUCGACAUUUGUCUGUUAAAAUGUUUGAAUACUAAAAGUGGUUAUCGACCAAGCAUUUAGAGUUUGUCAGUGUGGAAUUCUGUUUCAUUUAUACUUUUAUCUGCAAUUGCCUGACUAUAUUUUGUUCUUUCACAUUAUACAAUGAGAAAAUAGGUCAUACCGUUUCUAUUUUAUGUUUGGAUGUGUUUUUUUUUUUGGCUUUAGAAUUGUUUGGCAUGUGUCAGCAGACAACACAUUUAGGACCCUACUGCAAAUAUACAACAAAAUCUAAUUGAGGAAGAGCUUCCCGAAGAGGCUUCCCCUUACUGAACUCCUCCGGUGCGGGCGGCCCAGCCCGCCUCUGAGGUAGAAAACCAAAAAUAUUAGGGUAUGUAAAAUGACGUUUGAGAACUCCUGGGCGUCUCCCUUCUAAAUCUGCCAUUAGAGUGCCUUUCAUAUUGGCACCCAGGAGAUGAGAAGCUCUUAACUUUGCUCUGUUAUGGACACUCUGCCUCCUAAGCAGCCGCUUCUUUUACUUGCGAAAGAUUAUAUUUUAUUACGUGUCCGCACAAAUGCUUAUUUGAGGGCAAAGGGUACUUUUUUUUUUUUUAUUUAAGAUUAUUUUAAGGACGUGUCCAUUUACUUUAAUAUUAAGACUUAUAGCGAACUGAAGUUUUCAUUUAUGUAAUUGUUUUACUUUAAAU